AUGUCGACCAUUAGCGCCACAUCAGGCGCUUUGGUGUUUUCCGGGGCUACUUUGCUCGUCUCCUUGUUCGCAGCAGCUGCCAUAUUCUCUCAAGUUAAUUCUAUUUGGAACGAGUUAGAUGCCGAGAUGAAUACGUUUAAGGUGCUUACAGACGAUCUCUGGAAGGAUAUGAUUGGUCUUGGAGCUGGCACACCUUCAAACCGUCUUAGGCGUCAGGCAUACGGUGGCUAUGGAGCAAGUGGAGUUCAACCUCCUGCAAGCACUAACAGUGCAUACGGAGCUACACCAAGUGCAAACCCAACCCCAACAUUUGGUGGAUUCCCCAUGCCUAGCUUUAUCGCAAACUCACGAUGUGUGUGCACAACCGAAAAUAACUGUCCACCUGGCCCAGAAGGACCAAUGGGUGAAGCUGGACCCGAUGGACCUGACGGUCUCGAUGGCGUACCUGGAUUUGAUGGACAAGAUGCAGUAGAUAUCGCCAAUGAGGCCCCUCAGGGAUGUUUCACCUGCCCGCAAGGCCUUCCUGGUCCUCAGGGACCAACUGGAGCCCCGGGAAUCCGAGGUAUGAGGGGCGCCAGAGGACAGCCGGGAAGACCAGGACGAGAUGGAAACCCCGGAAUGCCAGGGGAGAUGGGACCACCAGGCCCACCCGGAGCAGACGGAGAACCAGGGAAACCGGGAGAGAAGGGUGACGAUGCAGAGAACCCUAUCGGAAGACAGGGACCAAAGGGACCUCCCGGAGAACAAGGACCAGAAGGACCGGAAGGGUCCCCAGGAAGAGAUGCUUAUCCUGGUCCUCAAGGUCCUGUUGGUGAGCCAGGAGUGCAGGGUUAUCAGGCAACCGGUCCUGAUGGAGAAGAAGGACCUCCAGGACCACCAGGAAAUCCUGGCAAAGACGCCGAGUACUGCAAGUGUCCUCCUCGCGACGGCGCUAACCCCUCCCAAAACUAUAAAAGGAGAAAGCAUCGCAAGCAUUGA